UGGCGCCUGCAGCUCUGGCUCGGGAUCUGCACAGGCUCUGCGGGCGUAGGCGGGGCGUCCCGAGGAGGCGCGGGGGCCCUGGCCAGGGUCCGGACCCCGGAACCCCGGCCUCAAGCGGGAAGGGGCUCCGGAGCUGCGGGGAGGCAAGAUGAUUUCUCUCCCCCAAGCUUGGAACAGCUGAAGGAAACAACAGUACAAGAUGAGAACAACAAAGGUCUACAAACUUGUCAUCCACAAGAAGGGCUUUGGGGGCAGUGAUGAUGAGCUAGUCGUGAACCCCAAAGUGUUUCCUUACAUCAAGCUUGGAGACAUUGUGGAGAUUGCUCACCCCAACGAUGAGUACAGCCCUCUGCUUUUGCAGGUCAAGUCACUUAAGGAGGAUUUGCAGAAAGAAACUAUCAGUGUGGACCAGACGGUGACUCAAGUGUUUCGGCUAAGACCUUAUCAAGAUGUGUAUGUGAAUGUCGUAGACCCUAGGGAUGUGACCCUUGACCUAGUGGAAUUAACCUUUAAGGAUCAAUAUAUUGGCCGUGGGGAUAUGUGGCGACUGAAGAAAAGUUUGGUCAGCACAUGUGCCUAUAUCACUCAGAAGGUAGAAUUUGCUGGCAUCAGGGCGCAGGCCGGGGAGCUGUGGGUCAAGAAUGAGAAGGUCAUGUGUGGUUAUAUAAGCGAAGAUACCAGGGGGACACGGGUUUGAGCCCUGGUCCGGGAAGAUCCCACAUGCUGCAAAGCAACUAAGCCCGUGUGCCACAAGUACUGAGCCUGCACUCUGGAGCCCGCAAGCCACAACUACUAAGCCCGCGCUCUGCAACAAGAAAAGCCACCGCAAAGAGAAGCCCGAGCACCGCAACGAAGAGUAGCCCUCACUCGCCACAACUAGAGGAAGCCCGCAUGCAGCAACGAAGACCCAAUGCAGCCAAAAAUAAAUAAAUUUAUUAAAAAAAAUAAUACUGUAUAAAAAAAAAUAAACUCCCAGAGUUAC